AUGUCAGAGAUGGGUUUUGGAAGUAGAUGGUGCUCGUGGAUUUCUGAGUGCCUUUCGACAGCCUCUAUAUCGAUUCUUGUUAAUGGGUCUCCUUCGAAAGAGUUCCCUAUGGACAAGGGGCUAAGACAAGGUUGCAGUCUUUCCGUACUCCUAUUUAACAUUGUUGGAGAGUUGCUACAUUUAAUGCUAUCUAAAGCAGUUGAUAAGGGUUUAUUUCAAGGCUUUGUUAUUGGGAAACCUGAAAAUUCUAUUAGACUGUCUCAUCUUCAGUUUGCGGAUGAUUUAAUCAUAUUUUGCCAAUCCUCUCUUCCUCAGAUCAAGAAUGUUAAAAGAGUGUUGAGAAUUUUUAGUAUGAUGGCGGGUCUACAUCUUAAUUUAGCGAAGAGCAAGCUACUGGGAAUUAAUAUGGAAGAGGAAGUUUUAACAGAUUGGGCAUCACAAAUUGGCUGUUCAGUAGGUUCUUCUCCAACAGAAUAUUUGGUACUUCCAUUGGGAGCUAAGAAAAAUUCGGUGACUUUAUGGGAUCCAGUUUUUCGAAAUCUCAGUGCCAAGCUUGCUGGGUGGAAAGCUAUAUGUUUGUCAUUGGCUGAUUUGAAUCUCACCAAUUGGGCACUUCUGGGCAAGUGGGUGUGGAAAUUUGCCAAUGAUAAAAGUUCCCUAUGGAAAUGUAUGUUGAGCAGCAAACACAAGGUUAGUUGUAAGUCAAUGUCUACUAGGGGGGUUUCUCAUCCACAAUCUUCUUGGAUUUUGAGAGGUAUUGCUAACAAUUACUUGAAGAAUGAUUCGGAAGGAAUUAGUCUGAGAUCAAAUUCGAAACUGAUAGUGGGAAAUGGAGAAUCCAUCUUUUUUUGGAAUAAUAUUUGGGCCGAUGAGAGUCCUCUCAAAUUUCUUUUUCCUAGAAUUUUUGUGCUCUCUCCUAUUAAAGAGGGGAAGAUUGCAGAGUUUGGUAGUUUUGAACCGAGCGGUUGGGUGUGGAAUGUUCAAACUAGAAGGAGCUUAAGUGAUUGGGAGCUGGCUCAAUGGAUGAAUCUGAUGUCUAAACUAAAGGACAUUCAACUUUUAGAGUUGGUGGAUGAUUUUCUGUCAUGGACUGCAAGUGGAGAUGGUCUAUUUUCAAUAAAAUCAUGCAGAAGUUCUCUUAGCCCUGUGUUGGGGAGUAAUAAUUUGUGGUUAAAAGGGGUUUGGCUGGGAUUUGCUCCACCUAGGGUAGAAGCUUUCCUCUGGCAGCUUGCUCAUCAGAAAGUAGCAGUCAAAGCUGAGUUGGUUAAGAGAGGUCUACCACUCGGAGAUGACAUUCUUUGUCCUUUAUGUAAGGAAAAUGAGGAAUCAAUGCAACAUUUAUUUAUUUCUUGCGUUGUUGUUUGGGAAUUAUGUAAUAAAUUAGCUAGUUUUUGGGAUGUAUCGCUGGUUUUACCACAAGACCCUCCUUCUAUUCUUAUUUCUUGGGGUGAGUUGAGGGUGAACUCGACUAUUUGGAAAUUUAUUCCGGGAGUCAUCUUUUGGUCUAUUUGGAAAGUUAGGAAUACUGUGGUUUUUAAAGGUUCUCCUCUUGACAGAUUAUCUUUGUUUUUCAUUGUUAGAUUCAUGCUUUCUAAAUGGUUCCUAGCCAAAUUCCCUAAGAUUUCCAUUCAUGAGGAUGUGCUGAUUGGUAAUCCAUCUCUGACAGAUGGAGUUACACCUUCUAAAGACAAAGUUUGUGAUGUUUUUAGAUGGAUUCCCCCUCCGGUCGAUUUCCUUAAAUUGAAUGCCGAUGGAGCUGUCAGAUUAGAUGGUUUGUGUGGAGGAAUUGGAGAAAAUGUUGGCGUGGGAACUCCUCCACUUGCUGAAUUAAAGGCUAUUAAAAGAGGCAUUGGAAUAUUUUUGUCAUCUAGUUGGGAAUCUAUUGGUAGGUUGAUCUUUGAAAGUGAUUUCUCUUCUGCAGUGGAGUGGAUUCAGUCCCCGAUUUUGGCUCCUGUCUUCUUCUCUCCUCUAGUUUAUCAGAUUUCGAAUCUUAUCAUUGUCAAGGUUCAUUCGGAAGCUUGUGCUAGUUCAGUGGAAGAUCCUCUAUGGAAAUUGGUAUGGUUUAAAUAUGCUCCUCUUAAAGUUAUGACCUUUGUGUGGAAGGUUGUCCAUCAGAGAUUGCCAGUCAUUCUAGAGCUAGAGAAGCGUGGCUUUCCAUUGAUGACAGAUGACCGGUCAAUGUUUGUUGCAGAUGUAUAUUUUAUAGGUUAUGUUUCUAUCGUUGUUAAAUGUGGUCUAUUAGUUUGGAAAUUUGAUGAUGCUUAUAGGCGGAGAGUUGGUGGCAUGGGGUGA